UAUUACAGUAGUAUUUAUUCCAGUAGUAUUGUAGUAGUAUUACAGUAGUAUUACAGUAGUAUUACAGUAGUAUUUAUUCCAGUAGUACUGCAGGAAUGUGUUCAGUGUGUUUCAGAGCAGAAAGUCAGUAAACAACAGACCUCAGUGGGGUGUGUUCCUGCACGGCUGAGCUCCACCAAUCAGCUCUCAGCUCCUCCCCACGUGGUUUUCUUGUUUACUACGAGGCUGCAGAGCCACCGCUAGGGCUGCUGGGAAAUCCUGGCCUGGAUCAGCUGAUCAAAGCUCAGACCUGAACUGGUUGAUGCUCCUCCUCCCAGUCCCCUGGCUGUGAUGGGAUCCAGUCCUGGUUUUAUGUGCUGGAGCUCAGACUGGUUGCAUCCUGCAGCAGCAGCUCACUCUCAGCUCUCAUUGAGCAGCAGUGGACUCACUCAGACCUGCAGCUGCUGGAAGUGCUGUUGUUGUUUUUGUGCUGGAGCUUCUCACACUGCAGAUAUGAUACCAAAGAAUCGUCUGGGGAAGCGUUCUCCACUGGGGGCGCUAGUGAGCGCGACAGCCGGCCCUCGUGCCGACCAGGAGACCGGCGAGACCAGCGUCAUCACGGCGACGGGAGCAGGACAGCACGCCGUCAGCAGGGUCAAAGGUCAUCCUGGACUGAAGGUGUAUUUUCAGUGCGGAGGAGCCGGUGAAUCUUCAGGUUUGGUGGAUCAGAUCGACCUCAUGCAGAGUGAUGUUUCUGUGUGGUCUUCGUCUCAUCCCUCCUCAUCCUCAUCCUCUCCUUCCUCCGUGCCUCAUUCCGUCAUCAGAUCCGUCUCCUCCUGCAUCGACGUCCCCAGAAAUCAGAGGACUCCUGCAGACGUGGACAUGGACGAGAUGAUGGCAGCGAUGGUUCUUAGCAGUUUGUCCUGCAGCCCCUUGCUACACAACUCCGCCCAGCCGGACCCAGCAGCUCCUCUCAUGGACUGUGGAGGCAGCGAGCUCUCCGACAGCGGCAGCAGCGGCUACUGGAGCGUCGGCCACGGCAACGGCAGCCCGGCCCACUCUCCAACAAUCGCAGAGCCCGACGCCGGCCCGGCCUCGCCUCCUGACGAAGGCCUGGACAUGGAGCUGGAGCAGGUGCUGUUUGAUGAGCCGGCGCCACGGAAACGCAGGAACUCAGUGAAGGUGGCGUACAGAUGUCUGUGGCCGAGCUGCGGGAAGGUGCUGACGUCAGUGGUGGGAAUAAAACGUCACAUCCGCACGACACACCUGUGCCGCGGCGGCGAGCACGAGCGUUGUUCCCGCAGCGAGGAGGAUUUCUACUACACCGAGAUCAACCAGCAGCAGCCUCAGACUCCUCCUCUUCCCCUCCACUGUGUCCGCACCCAUUCUCCCACUUCCCCUAACUCCCUGUCCCCCUCCUCCCCUCCCAGCCCCCCUCCUCCGUCCCCUCCGUCCCCGCCUCAUGCCGCCUGCAGCGCUCUGAGUCGCUCCGCACCUUCGUCCUCCGGCUUCUUCUGGCAGGUCCAUUCAGAGCACUCCUACCAGGCUCCGGGCCACGUGGAGCCAGCAGCAACAGCAGCAGCAGCAGCAGCAGCAGCAGCAGCAGUUUUGACUACAGCUUCCUGUCGUUUGAUGGCCGCACCCACCACCUGCAACAGACAGGGUUUGUCAUUUCGGGUGCGCUCAGUCAGUGUCGGAGAGCAGUGGCUGCAGCAGCAGAGCGCCCCCUGCAGGAGGACUCGUGGUGAAGCCAAGAAAUGCCGUAAAGUUUACGGCAUCGAGCACAGAGACCAGUGGUGCACGGCCUGCCGCUGGAAGAAAGCCUGCCAACGCUUCCUCGACUGAACCGAGCGGCGGACGAAAGAAAGAGAAGAAGAAGAGGAAGAGGAGGAAGACACAGAGAGGAAGAGAGAAGGACUGUGAGUGAGGAGCUGAAUCAGACCCUCAGCGUCACCUGGUGGAUGUUUUAUACUUUCUUAUAUCUGAAACCAGAAAUAUUUCCUUUUUGUACUCUUUCUACAUUUGCCACACAUGUUGUUUUUUUUAUUCUAAACGUGUAUUUUGUAGAUAUUAUCAUCUUAAAGAACUUGUGACCUGGUGCAGCUAUGUACGAUGUGACCUUUGACCUGGUCACCUGCUGACUUUUGAAGCAGCUGAGGGGAGUUUUAACGUCCGGCCGACUCUCCUCAGCCUCCUCUCAGGAGAUUUAUCUAAUCUAAUAUGUUUUAUCAGCAGAUUCAUACGCAUUUCAGUCGCCAUGGAAACAGGUGAAGAUGAGAGGGUAAGCUGGAUAACUUCAGACUUAAACCCUGAAUCUUUAUAGUUCUCAGGUUCAUGGAUCAAAACAUGAUUUAAAGAGGACACCAACUUCCAUCUUCUUGUCGUACUUCAUGUAUAAAUCCAGACUUUAUGAAUGUGUAGGUUCAUCGUUGUUGUUGACACGUCAGAAACAAAGUCAUCUACGGUCUUAUUGGUGAUGCAGUUUGUACACUAAGAACUGACUCAGGAGCAGUUUCACACACUGUUGUAAUGAAAUGGUCUAAACAUUUAAGCUUCAAAAUUAUCUCAGCUUUAUAACAGCUGGUUUAUCCUGCAGGUCAUUCAGUGUUAAUGCAAUGUGCACCUUUGAGAUAAAAUGAUCAUAAAACCGGUUCUCUAUUCUCUAAUCCUGAUGACAAAAGUUUAAAUGCUUUACGGUGCAUGGUGCAUAUUCCUGUUGUGUUUUUCCUCACAUUGCUGAUAAAAUCUUAAAUUCUUCACACACAGAAAAGCUUGCAAGUAUUGUUUUUUUUUCUGUGUGUCCAAAUCACCAUGACGUCACCCAUUGGUUCAUGGACUGGCGUUUUGAGGGCUCGAUUUUAGCGAUUUGACCGUUGUCAUCUUGGAUUUGUUUGGAGCCUGAAGUUGCUCAAGAGGACGAGAGGGUGAAGCUGACCCUCGUCCUUGGUGCUAGCUUGGUUACCACAGUGCAUUUACAGUCCAUGUUUAACUGUGAUGAUGUUUAACUAAUGCUGAUGCUCAUUCUCACCAGUGAAAAACAGGCGUGAAACCAUUAAAACCAAAUGUACUUACCGGAAAAUCUGAGCAAAACCGAUUCCUCAGAGCGUCUUUCAGUGCAACCAAAAUGUUAAAAUUAACUUUCAUGAACUUAAAACACACUGUGACAGCUGCAGCUACACCCAAACUCUAUGAAUCAGGGGUUACGCCAUGGUCACGAUGGCUGCUGAGGUAGCCGCACCCUAAAGCAUAUCCUCAUUUAUCAUCUAUUUCACUCUAUAAAUAACAUUAUACUGUAUUAAAGAAAACUUUAAACUAGUGAUUGACACCAUAAAGUCAGUAAAGUGUUCACUGAGAUAAUAAAUCAAGUGAGAAUUAGGAUCGUUUUCUCAUUGACUUCAUUUUACUAUCGGUGGAGUCGCCCCCUGCUGGCCGUUAGAAGGACUGCAGGUUUAAAACACUUUCACAUCGGCUUCACUUCUCAAACCUGGAGCUGCCAGCUUGUGAAAAACACUAUCCAGGUGCUUUAUGGAUCCAAUGUCUCUCAGCUUUACGAAACAUCAACACUGAAUCACUCAGUUUAUACUGAAUUAAAGUUUGUUUGGUUAUUUCAAAACAUUUUUAAUAGAUUUGUAUAGAAAGCAGCAGAAGGUUUGCAACAUCAUCCUGGCUGCAGACCAGUGAUCCAAACCACCUUUAAAGGAUAAUUAAAGUUAUUUAUAACUAACUUUGCGCUCUCAGCUCCUUUACAGAGACUCAGAAUGUAGAUUUCUAUGCAGUUAUCCAAAAUGUCGCUAUCAGGCAGCUACUUUCAGUGUUAACGUUUGUUCAGACGCAGAGGCAAACGUUUGAAAUGAUUAAUGUGAAGUAAUUUUUUUAUUAGAAAAGCUGCUUAAACUCUGUUUGUUUGUCAUUUCUCUCGAUCUCCAUAACAGAGCUGAAGAGUGCAAAGUUAGCUCGACCCAUAGAGCCACAACAGACACAUUUAGUCAGCAGGUUGAAAUAAACCAUAGUAAUCCUUUAAGGGCUGCACAAAUAAAUCAGAAGGGUCAGAUGAUGAAAAAAGGUAUUUUUACGUCACAAAAUUAUCUAUUUUUUUCAUAGUUUCCUCCGAUUGUUGCAGGUUUACCUCCUCAGAUCUCUAAAAAUGAUUCAAAUAAAACAAGAUAAUAUAAUAAAUGCAUUUAUACAGCACUCAGAGAUGCUUUACAAAGACGUUACACAACAAUAACAACAGCAGAGCAGCAGGGACGACUUUUCGUUAAGAGUAGGACUCGAAUGCAGUCGGGCGGAGAAUCACAGACGAGUUCAGGAACAAACAAACUGCGACGAAAUGUUUGAGAACCACUGAUGUAAAACUGUUUGUGGUGCAUUCAAGUGCAACAUACUACAUUCAGUCUCACUAGAUGUCACAUUACAGCAGGACCCAUGAUUUUAGGGGCUGAUACAGAUAUGAGGGAGCAAAUAAAAUCAAUAAAUUAGCUGAUAAUGCUUCUUUUUUUAUAGCAAUGAUCCUUCAAAUGUGCUUAUCUAACAUUUAAACAUAAACUUUAUUGUGUAAAAUGACAUCAGUGCACCGAAACAGUGAAUUUAAUCCUUAUAAUUAGAUAUGAACAGAAAAAAAACAUGCAUAUAUUGAACUUGAAUUCAGAAAAAUGAUCAAGUACAGCACAUAUCAGACAAUAUAUUCACCAAUACUUAUAUAUAUCUGUGAUUCGGUCAAUAAAGCUGUUUGCUGACAUCUAGUGGAGGCUGAAUGUCGUAUAUUUCACCUUUAAUUCACUCUUUUGUUUGUGGUUUCAUUUCUCCCACAGACCCUGAACUCAGCACUAAUAUGUUUUAUAUAUAAUAUGAAAAGCCGUGAAUCAUUUCAUCACUCUGCUCGUCUCGCUUCAUUUCACCUCAGUGCAGAAGUUUUAUUGUUAGGAAACAGAAGCCAUUUCCUGUCUGUGGAAACACGCGCAGUAUUCAUCAAGAUGUUUAUAAAUACAGAUAUACAAAUACACAAAAACACAAUGUUUUACACUGAAUGACAUAUAUUUUACUCUCUUGUCUUUGCUUCCCUGAUGUAAACUGUAUUUAGUUAAAUACUGGGCCUAUAUACGAUAUCUAAUAUCUUCCUGAAGCCUUUCAAAACGUUCAGAUUUCAGACGUUAAAUGUCUUUAAAUCAUGUUUGUUUCGGUAAACUGAGACAAAAAAUUCUUCUCUAUUUAUAUUCUGAUUGUCCCAUUUGUGAGUAAAAAAGGCAAAAAAAAAGAAAAAAGAAAAAAAGAAGUACAUGUUGAUUGUUGUAAUGAUGUCAUUUUUAAAAAAUAAUGCACUCUUUUAUACGAGGUGUUGAAUCCUGAUGUUGUAAUAAACUGGAAAAAGAUGA